AUGAGUUUAUCAGUCGCCCGACCGCUUGUGUCGGUUUACUCUGAGAAGAGCGAGGUGGUCAAAGAUGCAUCUUUGCCCCUUCCAUUCGUGUUCAAGGCACCCAUCAGGCCUGAUUUAGUCAACGAUGUUCAUGUCUCAAUGUCCAAAAACUCGAGACAGGCCUACUGCGUCAGCAAGGAAGCAGGUCACCAAACCAGUGCUGAAUCAUGGGGUACCGGUCGUGCCGUAGCUAGAAUCCCACGUGUCCGUGGUGGUGGUACCCACAGGUCUGGUCAGGGAGCUUUCGGUAACAUGUGUCGUGGUGGUCGUAUGUUCGCGCCAACAAAGCCCUGGCGUAGGUGGCACCGUCGCAUCAAUUUGCGUCAGCGCAGAGCAGCUGCUGCAGCUGCUGUUGCCGCCGCUGGUGUGCCAGCAUUGGUUCAGGCUAGAGGUCACAUCAUUGAAAAAAUCCCAGAGCUGCCCCUAGUUGUGUCCGACAAAGUGCAAGAAAUCAAGAAGACAAAGGAGGCUGUCAUCUUCCUCAGACGCGUUAAGGCCUGGUCUGAUGUCCUUAAGGUAUACAAAUCGCAGCGCCUGCGCGCAGGUAAAGGAAAAAUGCGCAACCGCCGUCGCGUUCAGCGUAAAGGACCCCUAAUUGUCUACUACAAGGACCAGGGUCUCAGCCGCGCUUUCCGCAACAUUCCCGGCGUGGAGAUGCUGAAUGUCAACAAGCUGAACCUGCUGAAACUAGCCCCAGGUGGUCACGUUGGUAGAUUCAUCAUCUGGACCAGAUCCGCUUUCCAAAAACUUGACCCCCUAUUCGGCUCCUGGAAGACACCGUCCAAGGUUAAGAAAAACUUCAACCUUCCUCAACCCAAGAUGGCAAACACUGACUUGACCAGACUGUUGAGGUCUGACGAAAUCAGGAAGGUGCUCCGACCAGCCAACAAACGCGUCGUCCGCUCAACAAGGAAGUUGAAUCCACUUACCAACACUCGCGCGAUGUUAAGACUCAACCCCUACGCCGCAGUUCUUAAGAGGAAAGCCAUCUUGGACCAACAGAGGAGGAAUAACUUGAAGGCAUUGGCUCUGGCUGAGAAGCGAGGCAUCACCUUGCCAAAGACCGACGCAGCCGUCAAGGCGAAUUCCCUUCGCGAACGCCGCCGGAAGGCACUGAAACUUGCGGCAGCCCAAAAGCCCAAGAAGCCCCCAGUAAAGAAGACGCCACCACCACCCCCCAAGAAGAAGGCAGAGAAGAAACCAAGGGUCAAGAAGGUUGCGAAAAAGGGUCCAGCUAAAAAGGACGCAGCGAAGAAAGCCCCCGCUGAGACGCCCGCAGCCAAGUGA